AUGUCGCACCGAAAGUUUGAGCGGCCUCGACAUGGAUCGUUGGGGUUUCUUCCCAGAAAGCGCACCAGGCACCACCAUGGCAAGAUCAAGAGCUUUCCGAAGGAUGACCAGGCGAAGCCGCCACAUCUCACAGCCUUCAUGAGCUACAAAGCAGGCAUGACACACAUUGUGCGAGAGGUAGAUAGGCCAGGCUCCAAACUGCACAAGAAGGAGAUCGUUGAGCCCGUGACCAUCCUGGAGAGUCCGCCAAUGGUGGUGGUUGGCUUUGUUGGCUAUGUGGAGACUCCCCGCGGCCUUCGUGCCUUGACAUCUGUUUGGGCUGGCCACCUGUCCGAAGAGUGCAAGCGCCGCUUCUACAAGACUUGGAAGGGCCGCAAGCACAAGGCCUUCACAAAAUAUGAGAAGCGAUGGAGCGAAGCUAGCAAGGAGGGCACCCCCAUGCAGGCUGAGGUGGAAAGGGCGAAGAAGUACUGCCAGGUGAUCCGAGCCAUUUGUCACACCCAGGUUCGCAAAGUGAAGAUUGGCCAGAAGAAGGCCCACAUCAAGGAGAUCCAGGUGAAUGGCGGCACCACCGAGCAAAAGGUGGAUUUUGCGAUGAACCUUUUUGAGCAGGAGGUGAAAAUCGCUGACUGCUUCAGCCAAGACGAGACAAUCGACAUUGUGGGUACCACCAAAGGCAAGGGCUUUAAUGGUGUGGUGACCCGCUGGGGAGUGACUCGAUUGGUGAGGAAGUCACACCGUGGCCUGCGAAAGGUGGCCUGCAUUGGAUCCUGGCACCCUGCUCGGGUUUCCUUCCAAGUGCCUCGCUCUGGGCAGCGAGGAUACCACCACCGCACUGAGAUUAACAAGAAGAUCUACCGGAUCGGCAAAUCCCUGAAGGAUGACCCGGCGAACGCUCGGACUGACAAUGAUCUCACUGAGAAGGCGAUCACCCCCAUGGGUGGCUUCUCCCACUAUGGUGAGGUCAACGAGGACUGGGUGAUGCUGAAGGGCACCGUCAUGGGCCCUCGCAAGCGCCUCAUCACCCUUCGCAAGUCCCUCCUGCCACAAGUCAGCCGCAAGGCUUUGGAGAAGGUGACCUUGAAGUUCAUCGACACCUCCUCCAAGUUUGGUCACGGACGCUUCCAGACAAGCGAGGAGAAGGCCAAGUUCUUCGGCGCUGCACUCAAGAAGGCCAAGACAGAGAAGGCUGAGAAGGCUUUCGAGCGGCCUCGACAUGGAUCGUUGGGGUUUCUUCCCAGAAAGCGCACCAGGCACCACCAUGGCAAGAUCAAGAGCUUUCCGAAGGAUGACCAGGCGAAGCCGCCACAUCUCACAGCCUUCAUGAGCUACAAAGCAGGCAUGACACACAUUGUGCGAGAGGUAGAUAGGCCAGGCUCCAAACUGCACAAGAAGGAGAUCGUUGAGCCCGUGACCAUCCUGGAGAGUCCGCCAAUGGUGGUGGUUGGCUUUGUUGGCUAUGUGGAGACUCCCCGCGGCCUUCGUGCCUUGACAUCUGUUUGGGCUGGCCACCUGUCCGAAGAGUGCAAGCGCCGCUUCUACAAGACUUGGAAGGGCCGCAAGCACAAGGCCUUCACAAAAUAUGAGAAGCGAUGGAGCGAAGCUAGCAAGGAGGGCACCCCCAUGCAGGCUGAGGUGGAAAGGGCGAAGAAGUACUGCCAGGUGAUCCGAGCCAUUUGUCACACCCAGGUUCGCAAAGUGAAGAUUGGCCAGAAGAAGGCCCACAUCAAGGAGAUCCAGGUGAAUGGCGGCACCACCGAGCAAAAGGUGGAUUUUGCGAUGAACCUUUUUGAGCAGGAGGUGAAAAUCGCUGACUGCUUCAGCCAAGACGAGACAAUCGACAUUGUGGGUACCACCAAAGGCAAGGGCUUUAAUGGUGUGGUGACCCGCUGGGGAGUGACUCGAUUGGUGAGGAAGUCACACCGUGGCCUGCGAAAGGUGGCCUGCAUUGGAUCCUGGCACCCUGCUCGGGUUUCCUUCCAGGUGCCUCGCUCUGGGCAGCGAGGAUACCACCACCGCACUGAGAUUAACAAGAAGAUCUACCGGAUCGGCAAAUCCCUGAAGGAUGACCCGGCGAACGCUCGGACUGACAAUGAUCUCACUGAGAAGGCGAUCACCCCCAUGGGUGGCUUCUCCCACUAUGGUGAGGUCAACGAGGACUGGGUGAUGCUGAAGGGCACCGUCAUGGGCCCUCGCAAGCGCCUCAUCACCCUUCGCAAGUCCCUCCUGCCACAAGUCAGCCGCAAGGCUUUGGAGAAGGUGACCUUGAAGUUCAUCGACACCUCCUCCAAGUUUGGUCACGGACGCUUCCAGACAAGCGAGGAGAAGGCCAAGUUCUUCGGCGCUGCACUCAAGAAGGCCAAGACAGAGAAGGCUGAGAAGGCUGAGAAGGAAGAGGCGGAGCAGCUGAAGGCCGAGGUGCAGGCGGCGCAGUUCCGGGCCCAGCAACUUCGACUGCGCCUGCAGGCUCUGGGCGCCGACGCUUCCGUCGUGCCCAAGAAGAUCCAGGCCGGGAGCUUGGUGGAUCCCCAAUACGAGCUUCGCUCUCUCUAUGAGUGGCUGGUGCAAGCUGCCCACCUCCAGCGACAAGUGGUCUUUGAAUGCGGCAAUGGAGAGGGUGAAGUUCAAGUUGGAGGUCGCCGUGUAGUGCUACACCGCAUGGUGACCUGGCAGCUCGGAGAGUCGGGCUUGAAGCUUUCUGUGCCUCUGGAGUUGCAGGCCGAGAUCUCCAAGAUGCUGACGGACGCGCGGCGCAGAGGCAUUGACGAGGCAGAACUUCAGAGGCUCUGCAGCACCUGGGAGCUCCUGGGGGCCGAGGUGGUCUCCGCCAGCAUGGGUAUGCCCGAGCCAGCCAUCUUUUUGGUUCACCGGCAAACAGCUCAGGCUGUCGUGGUGGCAAAAUGGCCCGCAGUUGAAUUCAGGCCGCCGCCAAGUUUCGACCCGCAGACUCAUUUCAGGCGGCUUAUCUCCAGGUCUCCUCAGAAUGCCCAGCCCAUCGCCGGCGACCGUGUGGAGGUGGAGUACGAGGGCCGAUGGUUUACAGGCACUCUUCAAUCGGUAGAGGGAGAUGUCGUGAACGUGAAGUGUGAUGUCGACUCGCCGGGUGUGAUAACAGUGGCGCCUAUUGCAAGCGUGCGCCCAGCCCGGCGAGAGGAGAGAAGAGACGCCAGGCACCGCCGGGCAAGGUCUUUCAGCUGAGAUGGCUCCCACGUAUGGGCCCUCUUUGGGACAGAAGGUCCCAACGGGAUUUCAUUUUCUUUUGCUGAUUUCGAGCAUUGAAGUUUAAAGUCCCUGAAUUGGCCAUGUUGGCCCAAGCGCCUUGCUUCCAGCUAGUGCAGCGAGUGCUCAGACUUGCGCAGAAUCCGGCCUGCCGAAAGUUGCACGGGCCGCUUCAUGGCGUUGUACAUAGCGUGCAGCUUGC